UAAUUUUCACUAAAAAUUCUGCAAUUGUAUCGUUCCCUCUAUUACACUAAAACCUUAAACAAAAUUGAGCGUCUCUUUUUGUUAUUCCUCUCAAAAUGUUGGCUAGCCAUCUCUAUCUCAUCUUCAUUGUUUGCGACUGUCGACUGUGACUUUUCAAUGGAGGCCACGGCCGCCGCAGCCGCUGCUCGCGGCGUUUCUCUUCAGUUGCAGACUCCGCCGAGGAAAGAAUGGCGCGUUGUUUCUGAACAUCAUCAUUCCGCCAGAAACCCCGACGGCGAGAAUUGAAGAGGGUUCGCAACUGAUUUUCUUGUUUGGAAAUGGAUUUGAAUGAAGUCUUGCUGAAAGUCUGGUUGAUGGCAUAUGAAAAGAAUUAGCUAAAGCUUACUUGAAUUAUUAUAUCUUGUAUUUUGUUUCUUUUGAUCAGUCAAUCCUUGCUGACAUUCUUUUGCUUUGAUAUUUUUGCAGUCAACACACAUGGCCUCUCAGCAGAUAACAGAAGAAGCUGUUUACCUUUGCACUGGAAAUCUAUUGCCCAAAGACAUUGAGCAAAUAUCUUACUGGCUUCUAAAUGAACAAUAUUCAGAGAGCUUUAAAAGAAUUAAUGAUAUGAAAACAAGGAAAGGACUGGCCCUUGUUGAUAUUGUAAGAGAAGUGACAAUGUGAGUAUUGUAUAUCAUGGCACUAAUGUUCCUCCGGUGGAGAGACUCAUCGAUUUGGAUACGAGUAGAGGCAAGUUUGUUGAACGAGUAGAUCAAUUUGUCAAGAAGUUUCAAGGAAAAGUUAUCGAUUCAUUCCUAGUGAAUUUCUGUUUAGAUGAUAAACAAAGCAACACUGUUGAUCAAUGGACAAGCUUUGCAGUUGCAAGGAGAGUUGGAAGAAUUGAUCUACUUUUUUUAGGAAGGCCUUAUGCACCACCCAGUUUCACUGCUCAAUGCAACCCUUAUAAAUUUGACUUUGCCUUAUUUUUGGAGACCAGUGCUUCAGCUCUGAACCAUCUGCUUCUUGAAAACUGUCUUAUUUGCCAUCCCAUCAAUUGUGACUUUAUGCCAUUACAAAACUUGAGAUCUCUAUGGCUUGAAGAAGUAAAGCUGGAUGAAUCUUUCAUUGAAAGUCUAUUAUGUAAUUAUCGGUGAUAUCAACAAAGAAGACAGUUUGAACAACAGAUUUAAAGAAAUUACAGAUUUGGAAACUGACGUUGUCUUUUCUAUUGACGAUGAUGUCAUAUUUCCUUGCUCUUCAGUGGAAUUUGCAUUUGAUGUUUGGCAAAGUGCGCCAGAUGCAAUGGUGGGGUUUGUACCUCGUGUACAUUGGGUGGAUUCAUUGAAUGGUGAAGACAACAAGUUUAGAUAUGGUGGAUGGUGGUCUGUGAGGUGGACGGGUACAUAUAGCAUGGUGCUCUCCAAGGCAGCAUUCUUUCACAAAAAGUAUUUCAGUAUCUACACAAAUGAGAUGCCAUCAUCGAUUAGAGAAUAUGUAACUAAGAACAGGAAUUGUGAAGAUAUUGCAAUGUCUUUUCUUGUCGCAAAUGCAACUGGUGCACCCCCUUUAUGGGUUAAAGGUGUAUUUGAAUCAUUCGUGGGUGCAGGUUUACAGCGUCAGUUGCAGGAACCUGUCCACCGUACGAUCUCGAGGUUCCACCGUAAAUUAAAUUGGUUCAAUAUUUCUUUGUUGGUGUAAAGGUAUUGUUCCAUCUACUUGGCGAUCCUAGAACUCACGACGAUAUCUCUACCCGUAUGAACAUUAUUGGAUGUCACACGAUUCUGUUAGAAAUAUGAUGCUCAUAGUGCCGGCGUCGUCCUCCUGUUGGCGGCGAAGUGAACGAUACUGAACAUUCAAGAGAAGUGUCUUCAUUAAACCAAACCUGCCUGCUGUCAACAUUCAUCGCCCAAGUCCAACUCUUAUGGUGCAGUCGUAGCAUAUAUAGUUCAUUGUCUACUGUCAAAGUCGUGAAAUGAGCUAUCAGCCAUGUGAGGAGAGAAAACACCAAUGAAAGGAUGAAGUUUCUUCAAGAUCUUGUACAUGGAUGUAGCAAGGCACAACUGUAUUGGAUGCUGUCAAGGAAGCCGUGGGACAUGAAACAAAAGUUAUAUAUGAACAGUCCCCAUCAUCAGAAUUCAUAAAAUGCAAUGGAUUUUCUUUUGCUAUUGUUGCUAUUGGCGAAGCUCCCUACGC